ACUACACUCUCUUUCCACAGACUCUUCUGUCUCAAUAUCAAUUUCCAAAGAUGAUCAAUCAAGUCUAUAGGUAAGGAACAGUAAUGAGAGAAGAAGAGUCCGUUCAUCAAAGCAAGCUGUGUUAGAUUUUUUUUUAAGUUCUGAAGAAUGAACAGUGAUAUGUUGAUGAAUGUGUGAUACACGCGCCUGAUCAAGAAUGAGUCAUGAGCCAUACAGAUAGAUGCCUAGUUGCUAUACUAGAGAGCUACAGUCAAAGUCAGUUAUUCAUUAGGAUUUUGAAUUUCCAACUCAAAAAUAAGAGAAAAAUCAAAAUUACAAUAAGAUCCCAUUGUUGUUAUCCUCACAGUAAAUGCUUUUGCUUGAGAGAGAGAGAGAGAGAGAGAGAGGGUCUGUUAGAGGUUUUUUGUUUGUUUCUGUUUCCUUCUGUCAUCAAGAAAAGAGAAAAGCAAAAUUCAAGAAGAGAGAGAGAGAGAUAGCCCUUAAAACAAGUCUUAACCAUUGUUGAUAGAAGUGUAGAGAAAAGCUUUUCUUGUUUGCUUGCUUAUGGUGAGAAAGAACGAAAGAGAGAAGUAGUUAAGUAAGUAAAGCUGAGAAAGUAUUUAGUAUUAAGCUUUGCAUGUUCCUUUCUCUCCAAGCUUAUAUCUUCAUCAUAAAGUCUCCACCUUUGAUUCUGUUUCUCUUCUUAUCCAUUUAUCCUCUCUCUCCUCUCAUAAUUCUAGCCACAAUCUUUUCUCUAGGGUUUCUCACACAAGUUGUAUCCGUAUCUUCUACUUCACUUAAAAAAAGUUUCAAAAAAGAGUCUUUCUUGUAAAUGCAAAAAUGGAUCGAAGAGAUGCAAUGGGAUUAUCCGGGUCGGGUUCUUACUAUAUCCAGAGAGGAUUAUCCGGGUCUGGUCCUCCUACCUUUCACGGAUCAUCACAGCAACAAGGGCUUCGUCACUUACCUAAUCAGAACUCUUUAUUCGGGUCAGCCUCCACUGGGUUCGGAUCUCCUUCUUUACAUGGUGAUCCUUCUCCGGCAACGGCUGGAGCUCUUCCUCAUCAUAUAGGCGUUAAUAUGAUUGCUCCUCCUCCGCCUCUGAGUGAGGCUCCGAUAAAGCGAAAGAGAGGACGACCUAGAAAAUACGGACAAGACGGUUCUGUUUCUUUGGCAUUGUCUUCUUCCUCUGUUUCGACCAUUACUCCGAACAAUUCUAACAAACGUGGCCGUGGUCGACCUCCGGGCUCCGGCAAGAAACAAAGAUCGGCUUCUAUUGGUCAAUUGAUGCCUUCAUCUUCUGGAAUGAGCUUCACGCCACAUGUUAUCGCGGUUUCAAUAGGAGAAGAUAUUGCAUCAAAGGUUAUAUCAUUCUCUCAACAAGGUCCAAGAGCGAUUUGCGUUUUAUCUGCAAGUGGUGCAGUCUCUACUGCAACACUUCUUCAACCAUCAGCAUCCCCCGGAGCCAUUAAAUACGAGGGCCGGUUUGAAAUCCUAGCGUUAUCAACAUCUUAUCUAGUGGCUACUGAUGGAAGCUUCCGUAAUCGUACUGGAAACUUAUCUGUUUCGCUUGCUAGUCCCGAUGGGCGUGUGAUUGGUGGUGCCAUUGGGGGGCCUUUAAUAGCAGCAAGUCCUGUUCAGGUUAUUGUAGGGAGCUUCAUCUGGGCAGCUCCAAAGAUCAAGACCAAGAAACGAGAAGAAGAAGCUUCUGAAGUUGUUCAAGAUACUGAUGAUCAUCAAGUUCUAGAUAAUAAUAGCAACACAAUAUCGCCUGUCCCUCAGCAGCCGCAGCCACAGCCACAGCCAAGCCAAAACCUGAUAUGGUCAACAGGUUCAAGGCAAAUGGAUAUGCGUCAUGCUCAUGCUGAUAUUGAUUUAAGGCGCGGUUGAUGAUGAUGAUAGCAAGAACUCUGUGUAUAUAAAGCAUGGACUCUAGGAAGAAGAAGAAGAAGGAAUAUAAUCUAACCUCUGAACAAAGGUAUGUGGAAAUGUUAGGGUAAAAGAUUGACUCUAUUAGUGUACCUCUCAAAUCUCUAAGCAUAUUUGGUUUUGUUGUCUUUGUAACUCCGAAGAUUUGCAGAGUUUCUUCAUUUCUUUAUUUCAGAUUGUUCAGUCUU